CAAAGCAAAGUCUUAUCCAGCCAGAAAGAUUAGAAGAGCAAAGAACAAAAGUGGUCAGAUACCAAAAUAUCCCGCAUUUAUUUCCUUCCCCAGUAUUCUUCCCUCCUUUCAGAUUCUCACCAGAUACAUAAUAGAUACCCCCCGUAUGCUCCCUCUUCACCCUCCAUUAAUGUCCCCUCCUCGAUUUUCCAAACCCUCUCUCUCUCUCUCUACCCUAAUCUCCUUCUCGCCCACCCUCUAUAUAAUACUCCAUACAACAUAGCAUAACAUUCGUAUAUACACACAGUACCAACCACUCUUUUUUACUUAUGGCAUCUUUCAUCUUCACACCUGUACUCUUUCUUCUUAUCAUCUCCGCCGUCCUUCUCUUCCUCCACCGCCGAUCCCGCUGCCGGCGCUUCCGCCUACCGCCUGGGACACUCGGGCUCCCCUUCGUCGGCGAAACCUUACAGCUCAUAUCAGCUUACAAGAGUGACAACCCGGAACCCUUCAUGGACCAGCGCGUGAAACGGUACGGCCCAAUCUUCACCACCCAUGUGUUCGGCGAACCCACCGUGUUCUCGACCGACCCAGAAACGAACCGGUUCAUUUUGCUCAACGAAGGGAAGCUCUUCGAAUGCAGCUACCCCGGUUCGAUAUCGAACCUCCUUGGGAAACACUCUCUGCUCCUCAUGAAAGGUUCUCUUCACAAGAGAAUGCACUCCCUCACUAUGAGCUUCGCCAACUCCUCCAUCAUCAAGGACCAUUUAUUGGUCGACAUAGACCGCCUCAUCCGGCUCAACUUGGAUUCCUGGUCCGACCGGGUUCUUCUCAUGGAAGAAGCCAAGAAGAUAACGUUUGAGUUGACAGUGAAGCAGCUGAUGAGCUUUGAUCCAGGUGAAUGGACUGAGACACUAAGGAAAGAGUACGUGCUUGUGAUUGAAGGAUUUUUCUCAGUUCCCUUGCCUCUCUUCUCAAGUACCUACCGUAGAGCCAUCAAGGCUAGGACGAAGGUGGCAGAGGCAUUAACACUGGUAGUGAGGGAUAGAAGAAAAGAAAGCGUAACGGAGGAGAAAAAGAAUGACAUGCUAGGGGCAUUGUUGGCCUCCGGCUACCACUUUUCCGACGAGGAAAUAGUCGAUUUUAUGUUGGCUUUGCUCGUCGCCGGCUAUGAAACCACCUCUACAAUAAUGACUCUUGCCAUCAAGUUCCUCACCGAGACUCCCUUAGCACUGGCACAACUCAAGGAAGAGCAUGAUCAAAUCAGAGCCAAGAAGAGUUGCCCAGAGGCACCACUGGAGUGGACAGAUUAUAAGUCAAUGGCAUUUACUCAAUGUGUUGUGAAUGAGACUUUAAGGGUGGCAAACAUAAUUGGUGCGAUAUUUAGGAGAGCAAUGACAGACAUCAACAUAAAAGGUUACACUAUUCCAAAGGGAUGGAGGGUCGUUGCUUCAUUUCGUGCGGUACAUCUAAACCCUGACCAUUUCAAAGAUGCCCGCACCUUCAAUCCAUGGAGAUGGCAGAGUAACUCAGAAGCAAGUAGCCCUGGGAAUGUAUAUACCCCAUUUGGAGGAGGGCCACGUCUGUGUCCUGGGUAUGAGCUUGCCAGAGUGGUGCUCUCUGUCUUCCUUCAUCGCAUUGUCACCCGUUAUAGUUGGUUUCCUGCAGAAGAAGAUAAGUUGGUGUUUUUUCCAACGACUAGGACGCAGAAGAGGUAUCCUAUCAUAGUGAAGCGUAGAGAGGAGUCCAAACUAAGUAAAUCGCCAUGAGAGACACCACACAAAGAAGAGGAAGAAGAGAUUGUAGAUGAUUUUAAUCAUUGUAAUGUCUAAUGUAUUAAGCAAUAAUGAAGUUUCAUCCACUAGUUUAGCCGUUUAUAUUUUAUUUAUUUUAGGGGGUUAUAGGAAGGAAUGUCUUAUUAGUAGACCUUAGGAAGGGAUGGGAAAUGAGGAUGUGAAAGAUCAAACCCCUCAUCACCCUAAUAAAACAGUUGAGCUAAAUCCACCUGUGUAUAUGAUCUUAAUUAAUUCCUACAAAAUCCUUUCACGUAUAUCAUAAUAAAUCAAUGGCGUAAGUA